UCGUUAGUUUCACUUUAGGCAUCAACAAUGGCGGAAAAUUUGACAAGAAGAUUCAGCUGAACUAAAAAUAACAGUCAAUCUAUCUCCCAGACGAAGCUUACGUCUCUAAAAUGUCUUGCAUUAAUAACAUUUUGAUAUCAUUACUUUUUCAAGUAAUUUCAUGUCAAGGUAUUGGAAAAGUCUAUAUUGGAACAUUGCCAAAUAAUACUGUGUCAUCUCUUUCCUUUAAUGAGAAUUCAGCAUUAGCAUCUCGUGUGAUACCUGUAUUUAUAGAAAACAAAAACCCUGUGGAUAAUACUGAUGUUCCAAUAACAGGAAAUGUUAUUGUUGGAUGUGAGUUGAGUACAAGUGGAAGUGGAUUUAGUUCAGCCACUAUAGGAACAGUAACAUUAUCUCAGGCAAAUCGUGGUGGCAAUGUUCAAUUUAGUGCUCCAGUUAAAGGACAGGCAGUUGACAUUAGAUGUUUUAGUGAUUCUGGUCUUCAAUUCAACAAAACAGAAUCUAUAAGUUCACCAUCAUCAUUUACCAUUGUUAGUGGGCCUACGGUCAGUAUUUGUCCUACCGGUACUAAAGAUGUAGUGGCUAUCAUCAGUCAAAAUACUCCACAGCCCUUCAAUGUUAGACUAAGUGAUGUUGUUGCUGGAAGCCCUGUUACCAUUACAUGUACUGGUGCUAGUGCUGGUUUAACAUUCCUUACAGCCACAGCUGUUGUUGGUGCCAGAGAAGUAGCGGUAACCGUUACCUUGACAGUAAAUACACCUGUCACAGGUACAUGUAGUGGACAAUCACAGACAGGUGGUCAAUAUCAAACAGGCAAUUCACAAGGUCCUGCUGUCACAUUCCAACUUGUACAACCAGUUGUAGCAUUAUACCCUCAAAGUCUAUCAGUAGCAACUACUUCAUUUGCAACAAUAUUACUUCUGACAUCAUCAGUCCCAGGGAGUGCAACAACAUUCCGUUGUAGAGCAGAUCUCCUGCCUUUGGCAGAAGUACAGGAUGCUCUACGGACUCCUUUAUGUAGGACUGCGAAUCCCACCCCUGGUCCCACUGCAGAAAAUGCUACAGAUACAGUCACACCUGAGUGGGGAAUAUUAACUCCCGAGGUCAAUCUGGAUACAAAUGUUCACCAUGCCUUGUUGAAAGCUACACGUAAUGUAGGUGUGAGUGCAUCUGUACAAGAGAAUGUAGUUGUUAGUUGUUGUAGUACAACAGGAACCUUUACAUUAGAAACUGCCAUAUUGGCUCAUGUCUCAUUAACUCCUAAUGCUACUGUGGACUGGGAAAAAUCUACAGACAUCAAUAUAAACUUUACAACACCAAGAACGAUACAGAAUGUAGCCUUUGUAGAGGUAGCCCCAUGUCCUUGUGAUUUAACAGGAGGAGUGUGUGAUAUUAAUUGCUGUUGUGAUACGGACUGUACAUCAUCAGAACAAGAGACUUUCAGUAGAUGUAUACCAUAUCUGGACGGUGGACAGGAAGCUGCCUUACCAGAGUAUAUGUGUGAUUCUAAACAUUUCCACAAAGAAGACUGGUUUCCAUUGAUGUGUGUCACAAAUGAGUACAAUUCAUUACUGGGUUUCUUCUAUCAGAAUGAACCUAAUUUACGAACAACACAAAGUUUAUUGAUGAAGGUGAAUGGGAAAGAAAGCUUUUCUUAUAAGGAAGAUGAAGAAAGAGUUGAGUCUCCAGCACCUGCAGCCACAACUGGUUAUCGUCAGAACGAGAAAGUACUAUCAGUCAAAACUAAUGCAGCUGGUACGGCUGAUAGGAGAGGAGUUGUCUCCCUUCCUCAGCGUAUCCUGUCUGGUGAAUGUUCUACAACUGCGCCAUUACAGUAUCUGAAUGAUAUAGACAGUGAUUGUUCAUUUCAACUGACAAAUGCUAUGUGUUCUGGUGAUAGUGUGUUUAAUGCUUUGUCUUACAUACAGUCAUCAACAACUCGAGAUCCAUCUUGUCCAAGUGCUUUUUCAAUAAUGGGAAAUCCUAAUACUGGAACACAGAAUAUUGCAGAAACAAUUGUCAAUUAUUACUGUUUAACAGAUUCAUCAUCUUAUAUCAAAUCAACAACAACUGCAGCACCACAUUCAACAAGGUCACUAUUCAACUACACUUACCCAGCUGGAUGCCCAUUGGAUAACUGUGGUAGGGAGAUGACCAAUGAGCCACCAUGUACUGGUUAUGUUGAUGGCACUACUCAGGAAAUUCUUCCUCCACGAUGUGGGUUCAAUGAUCACUACACUCAACCCCCAUCACCAAAUAUCAAUGGUGCUACUUGUGAAAAUGCUGUUGUAGAUGUCAGGUACAACUUUUAUUGGUCUGGUCCUAAUAUAUUGAAACUUAAUGCAACAGUAUUUCUUGCCAAUAUAGGGCUUUCUACGCCAACAAAUCCAGUGGUAGUUACACAGAAAUAUAAAGCAUCUUUUGUGAACAGUUUUGCAGGAUCACCAGCUGAGGACAACUUCUACAAUGUUACUACACCAUUCUCUAGGUCAGGUAAACCAGGUUAUGACAUAGAUAAACCAAUGAUCAGUGGGAUGGUGAUUAGAAAUGAAACCGACAAUGCCUUCUUAUACAUGAACUCUAACACCAGUAGGCAGAUGGCACUGUGGAAUACAGGUUUUGAUGGUUUGUGUAGUAAUGCUGGAAGAAGAGAGAUUCUAUUUGGUAGAGAUACGUUUACUAGUUGCAAUAUUUAUAUUGGUACAUCUGAUCUCGAGAAUUGUACAGACCUCAGCAAACUGAUAAUUAACCGUCUUGACAACUUGAUGCCAGCUGAGAGAAUAGGUCGUUAUGGUAACAACAACCCAUAUGGACCUGCACAAUGGAUAGAAGUCCUAAGAGAGGAUUUGACCUCAACUUGUACUAACAGCUUACAGGCUAACAACCAGACUGUGCUGUCUUGGAGAAUUUCUGGGUUUUGUACAGAUAUAAUCAGUGGAAUCAAUUUAGAUGUGAUGUAUGGAGAAUCUGGUAAAGCCAAUGGUGUGCCUACUAAAGAAAUUAUAGGAGCAUACGUCAGCUAUUCAAAAUCAACAUGGCAGUUAACGUGUACAUCAGGUUCACAAUGUACGGAUCCAUCAUAUGUAGAACCAUUUCCUAUCACAGCGUCUGUCAGGUUUAUCAAAGUUCCAGCUAAUACACCAGUGCCCAAAAUAAGAUGGGAAGAAGAACAUCCAGAUAUAUGUUACCAAGAUGUAUGCUGGGAUAACUUUAUUUAUCCACUAGUACGGGGUUACACUGCUGAACCUAGAAAAUAUGUCCUAGCUAUGUCACUUAUUCUAAUUUUAUUUUUGUUUGGAUUUUUAUUCAUCACAAGACCAUGGUGGUGAAACAAAUGAUAGACAUAUUAUAAAUAAUUUGAACAUUUAAAGACAUUGAAAGAUUUGAAAGUUUUAGAAUUGUUAAAAAGGUGGAUAACAUGUUAAAGAAGUAUGAGGUUAAUCAAUAACUACAGCACAAAAAAUGUCUACUGUAAACCAACUUAUUGUUUUGCAAGUAAUUUAUUUAAUCAUUUAGAGGAAGAAGAAGAAUAAUGUGAAUAAAAAUUCUGAAAAAGGUAUAAAUAAAUCACCAAGAAAAUUAGACCAAUAAAUCUAAUGGAUGUUGGCUAGAAAGCGUUUAAACAAAAA